CCUAUGUGUAUUAUUUUCCUGUUACUUUGUUCUUUUGUUUACCUAUGUUAUCUACAGCUUUUCUAAGGCUUAUUGCACCAUGUCUAUGAUUCUCUUUGCCAGUGAUUCACAUGGAUCUUGUCAAUAUAAGUGGAUUUUCUGUGACUGAAUAUCCUACCAAACAUGUUAUCUGGACAGCAUCUGAUCAAAGACAUCACAUAUCGGUAAUUGGCUGUUAAUUGCUAAUUCUGCUGUGAACUACAUGUUAGGAUGUAUCUAUGCCAAGAAAAGGCUAAUUGAUUCUGAAUGUCUGUUGAACGAACAUUUUAGACUUUAAUGAAUAUGAAUUUGACAUAAAAUUGACAUGUCCACUUCUGAUAAAAUUAUUUUGUAGUCGCCAUGUUAUAAGUUAAUCCCUUACAGCAUUUGCCAACGAAACCCGGCUGCCGCAAGUGUUCCCACCUCACAAGACAACAACGUUCGUAUUUUUUUUGCGAAAGAAAAUUAAGUACCUAGAUGUGGGUAUUUACUUUUGCAAAAUGUUGGUACUAUGUGUACCAAGAUCACCUGACCGAUGACAUAUAUGAUUUGAAGCACAGGUUAUGACAAACCUACAUUUGAUUCAAAGUGAGGUUGUUGUUAGGUCUGGUUAAGUUAUGGAGUUUCCAGUGCUAAAAAAUGAUCGGCUUCUACGAGCGGCACGAGGAGAGGAAGUGGACAGAGUUCCGAUUUGGGUAAUGCGUCAAGCAGGAAGGUAUCUUCCAGAAUUUCGUGAAUUACGCUCGAAACACGGUUUUUUUUCCAUAUGUCAAAAUCCAGAACUUGCUGCUGAGGCGUCCCUACAGCCAAUUCGUAGAUUCGACCUCGAUGCGUGUAUAAUAUUUUCAGACAUUCUCGUUAUUCCACAAGCUCUUGGAAUGACUGUUGAGAUGCUACCUGGAGUAGGACCAGUAUUGCCAGAACCUCUGGUUUCAUCUGAUGACAUAUAUAAACUAGAUGUGACAGCAGACAUUACAAAAAAGUUAAGUUAUGUUGGUGAAGCAAUUAGGAUAACACGUCACAAACUUGACGGUAAAGUACCUCUGAUUGGCUUCUCAGGAGCUCCCUGGACAUUAAUGGGUUAUAUGAUUGAAGGGCGUGGUUCGAAGACGUUAGCCAAAGCCAAAGCAUGGUUAUAUCAGGAUCCAAAUGCUUCUAAACAUCUCUUAAAAGUGAUAACUAAUUCAGUUGUUGAUUAUCUAGUAAUGCAGGCAUGUGCAGGGGCUCAGCUGCUGCAAGUGUUUGAAUCUAGUGGAGAACAUUUGGGUCCAGAGUUGUUCAAAGAUUAUGCUCUACCUUACAUCAAGGAUAUUUCUUCUCGUGUUAAAGGUAGGGUUAAUGAAUUGGGUUUAGAUUAUAUCCCAAUGACAAUUUUUGUGAAAGGUGGUCAUUAUGCUUUAGAAGACUUGGCAGAAAGCGGUUAUGAUGUUAUAGGACUUGAUUGGACUAUUGACCCUGUAGAAGCCAGGCAGAAGGUUGGUUCACGUGUCACUUUACAAGGAAAUCUUGAUCCAUGUGCUUUGUAUGCACCAGAAGAAGACCUUAGGAGGUACAUAAAAGAGAUGGUGAAGAAAUUUGGAAAAAGUCACUACAUUGCCAAUUUAGGUCAUGGAAUUUAUCCUGAUAUGAAUCCAGAUCGUGUUGCAGCAUUAAUUGAUGCUGUGCAUGAAGCAUAAGAUGCUAAUAAGAAUUAUUUAAGUCAAAAUAUUGUAAUGUAAAGGAAUUGAUGCUGGAAGAACUGUUCUUGCUCUAUAAUAUUUAACGUGUUCACUGUUGAAUGAUGCAUGAGUCACAUGAUUCUUGCCUUGGGUGUUGGUGGUAACAUAUACAUGUGAAUGUAGUCUCAAUGACUUUGCCUGUUUUAUGUUGUUAGCACUGCAGUUAAGUUUCUUCUUGCUACAGCGGUGCUCAGACAGGUUAUAUGUGCAUAGAUUUGGGUUUUCACUUCAGUGACUUCCCCAAGUCUACAAUUCAUGAGGGAUAACGUUCAUGAUCCUUGUAAGUCAACUUCAAAAUUACCAUAGCGUGGUGCAGAAGUCCUGGACGUUUUAAAUUAGCAAGUUUAGUAGCAGUGAAGACUAUAUUUUUCAUUGUGAUGACAUUUUUCAUAAUGUGAAGGCAAUUUUUAUUUCAAUAACUACGUAACUGGCUGGCUUCAGUACAACUUCAACAAUGAAUGAGUACUUCAUUUAUACUGAAGUUAUUGUUUGCCAAAAGAAGAAAUUAAUUUUGUUAUAUUGUGUUCUAAAGUCUCUUAAAUCAGUGAACAACUUGUGCGUCGACUGGCAUGGAUCAUGAACUACCGUUUAUCAGCAGCAUUGGUGCAUUGCAUAUCAUUGGUCUUUAUUAUGGACCCCCCUUUUUAUUUUAAGAGAAUUAAAAUGUGAUGGUAUAAUUACAAUCUGGUAGUAUAUAAGUUGAAAAAGUGUCUUUAAAUAAACCAUUAAAACAUUUAGGUUAUAACAAAUGUGUAGUUUUAACAUAAAUGACAUGUAGGAAACAUUAUAUAAUUACAUGUAAAUUUUUCAGAUGGAAACAAGUAAACUUGGAUAUUUGCAC